AUGGCGAAACACAUGAACAAGUACUUCCACCCUGUCUCUAAAGUUCAGCCUGGAGAUCUUGUUUUUGCCAAUGGCAUCACAUCUCUAUGCGAGCUAUUCGGGUAUGCAAUCGGCGAACUCGGUGACGGUAUCCUAAUAUCCAGAUCUUCCUAUCAAGCCUUUCCAGCAGAUUUUGGUGCAAAAGCAAAAAUCAAAUGCGUCUUCGUACCCUCCAAAGGCAUCGAUUGCUUCUCGCUCUCGAUCGUCGACCGAUACGAAAAAACACUCCUCGAUGCAAAAGCGAAUGGUACAAAGAUCCGCGCCCUCCUUCUCUGUAACCAUAACCCACUCGGUCGCUGCUACCCUCUCGUCAUUGUGAUGGCCCUCAUGCAACUCUGCCAGAAGUACUACCUUCAUCUUCUCGCAGAUGAAGUAUACGCCCUGAGUGUCUUCCUGAGUGUCUUUGACGCUGCUUCGCCUGCGGUUCCCUUCACCUCCGUUUUCGCCUUUGACAGCUCUCCAUACAUCUCUCCUCAAUAUCUAUACGUGGUUUACGGUCUUAGCAAAGACUUUGUAGCUGGAGGAUUAAGACUAGGAUGUCUCUAUUCGGGAAACACCGAGCUGCUUAACGCAAUCUCUGCAGUAGGACAAUUCGCUUGGUCAGGGAGUCUGAACCAAUUGUUUGCUGCCGAGAUGUUGGAGGAUGAGGAGUGGCUGAACGCCUUUCUUGAUAAGAGUAGAGUCGUACUAAAGGAGAGGUAUGAAAUAUGUAGUGCUAUGCUGGAUGGUCAUGGGAUCGAGUAUCAGAAAGGAGUUAACGCUGGGUUUUCCGUCGGGUGA